UGAUAUUGACUGCUCAAAAGCUAAUAUUUUCAAGCACGAGAGCUUAAUAAAAAUCCAAUAUCUGUAAUCCAUUUGAUAGUUCUAAUUUGAUUGGCAUAAAAUGCCGAAGCGACGUGAAAACUUAGAUUUUUCUGGUUUAUUUAAAUUAGACGUAUUAUUACACCUUGAUAUUACUACGUACAGUUUUUACGAAGUCGGGCAUAAGAAGUUUUUUGCCUUUACUAGCGAUAAAGAGUUAAUUUUUAUAUACAUUGAUCCCCAGUCUGAAAGAUUUGAAUAUAAUUAUGAUUGGGACUUCCUGGAUAAUCCAAUAUAUUGUAUGUGCUUUGAGCCAAGUGGUACAUGGGUGAUUAUUGUUAGUGAGCAGAAGGUUCUCUUGGUGCCAUUUUUACCGCUGUUCAGCCCAAAGAAUGCUUUUGAUCAAAAGUGGUCACUUUCGAGGGUAACAGUCUUACCUCUGGGAGUAAUAUCAAAGCCAACAUCUUUAGUUUGUUGGUUGACAAAGGAGUCGGAGAGUGUGUUAAUUAUUGGCUCAAAGACAGGAUCAAUUGCAUUUUAUUCUCUGGAUACACAAAGUAUUGUGGGAGAGUGCAAGGUGCCUGGAGAAAUAACUGACUUACAAAUCUGUUUUGAUGACUCAUUGGAUCUGCUGACUCUUCUGAUAUCUAUCAGCCAAUCACAACAAUGCAAGCUAGUGUUGGAACACCGUUCAUAUGGCUACAACUGGCUGCAGCAGACAAGAGCACAAAAUGACAGAGACAAAAAGGACAGUUUCAUGUCUUAUAUCAAACAGUUGUCAAAGGAUAAGAUUACAUUCUUUAUACAGGCUGGUUCUAAAGAUGAAGGAAAAUCUCAAACAGUUGAGUAUGUUUUGAAGCCAACAGAAUAUUUGCCAUUGUUUAGAAAAGGUUCCAAUAACUGGGCUUUGACAGCACAAUAUGUGAAUGGAAGACAUUUCCUAACUGCUUUCGAGUUAAAUGAAGGAACUUUGAUUUUGGAAAGUCCUGAAGAAGAUACUCCAACUAGAACACUAAGGCCUCAUAUAAGGAAGGAUGGUUUAUAUGUCCAAGGGUUGUGGUCUCAAAGGCUUAUAUAUCUUUUGAGAAAGAAGGAAGUUGAAGUGCACUCUUCAAGCUUUUCUGUUAUUGAAGGUCGUUUCGAGACAUUAGUCGGCAGUAAAAGCAAGUCUUCAGAGCUUUGGCGUGCAGAGCUAAUAGGAGAUGUUCGUCGAGGUCACUUGAUGUCGUCGCGAGAGCCGCCAGCGAUGCCCGGCGGGUGGCGGGAACCUACCUUUAUGUGCGAUCUUCAACUGCCCCGGUUUAGCUUGGAGUCCUGCCUUAUUGUCACCAAUAAGGGAGCUUAUAUUCUCAACACUGUUUCUGACGCGUGCGAGUGGGUGGUGGGCGGCGUAAUGCGCGGCUCGUGCGGCGCCGACACGUGCGCGGCGCUGGGCGCGGCGCUGCCCGCGCUGCUGCGCGCCGCCGCCGACAUGCUGCUGGCGCGGGGGAAGCUGCCUCUAGCCGACUAUCUGUACUCUAUGUCGCAGCGCUUCGCUAACAGCGAUGAGUUUCAAUUAGAUGGCUGGGUGACGCGUCUGGGCGUCUUUGGCCGACUAAACGAGAUGUCUUCGUAUAAAAAAUCUGGCAAUAUCGGCGACGUUUCUACAACGUUGCAAAUGUUAGCUACCUUGGUCAACAUAAGCAAUGGGACCUUGGAUAAGUUUAAUAUGGAGAGCGACCUAAUAACACUGAAGCCGGUUGAAUUGUUGGAGCUAUGUUCGUUCUCUGCGGCUGUGGGUCUCUGGGAACUGGCACCUGUAUUCAGCAUUCAUUCUGGGCACCCCAGUUUGUUGCUAUCAGCAUUAAAAUCCAGAAAGGAUUUAUGUCGCGGCGCCAUCCAUUGUCUUUUAGAACAAAGCUGCAUAGUGCCGCUUUUGUUAGAAGAAAAUGGACAAUGGUUAUUUGAUUACAUCAUCGAGAAUUGUAAUAAAUUCGAUACUGACAUUUUGAAGUGCUUGUGUCUAUGGUUGAACCCCAUGCAAGACUUACUACGCCCUGUAAUGCGUGAUUUGAAGCAAGGCAUUACAUCUGUUUAUACAACACGACUGCAGCUUUUAAUAUCAACAUUCACGCAGAUUGCUUGUGUCAUUGACUCUAGAGAGCCAUGUCCAGAGAUACAUUUGCAACUCAAACUAUGUCCGGACACUUGGAAGAAUCAGUUUACGCCUAAGAGAGCACUUAGUUGUGGCUUGUCGCAUUGGGCGGUGGUCGAUGAAGGAAACGCGAAAGUUAUGAUGACUAAUACACCUAUUAAUCCUAAAGUGAUUGGGAGAGUAGUUGAUGUAGCGUGUGGAAGACAUCAUACUUUGGUUUUGACUGAGAAUGGGAUAUACGCGGCAGGCGACAACUCGUUCGGUCAGCUGGGCGUUGGCGCUGCGUGGCGCGGCGGCGUCGGCGACGACGCGCGGCCCGCCGGGGCCCUGCUGCCCGUCGCACUGCCGCACCAAGCCAGUGCCCCCAUCGCCAUCAUAGCUGCCGGACACUACCAUUCUGCGGCCGUUGAUGUUGGCGGACGGCUUUAUACUUGGGGAUGGGGUGUCCACGGUCAGCUAUGUCACGGUAGCAUAGAUGAUGAAUUUUCACCCAAACUGGUCACAAAGUUCCAAGGCAGAAAGGUUCUAAGCAUAGGUUGCGGCGCUUGUCACUCGGUAGUGCUGACUCAGAACGGCGAGGUGUGGGCGAGCGGCGCGGGAGUGUUCGGCCAACUCGGCAGUGCGUCAAGACAGAAGGCGUCUAUACCGCGACGAGUUGUGCUGCCCGAGCCUGUGCGGGCCAUCGCUGUGGGGUACUUUCAUAAUCUGGCUUUAACGAACUCGGGAGCGGUGUACGUAUGGGGUGCUAGUCCGCAGCAGGUGCGGGCGGCUGAUGCACGACGCUCGGCCGAGUCGGCGGGCGAGUCGGCCGCAAGACGCCCGGCCGAGUUGCUCGCCCGCAGCCCGGACGAGAUACCCGCCCGCGGCCCAGCUGUGCCACCCGCCCGCGGCCCGGCCGAGCCGGUCUCCUCGCCGCCCGCGCCCGACCCGCACCUCGUGCCGCAGCGACUCAAUACAUGCAAUGUCACCGGGGACAUCGUACAGUUAGCAGCAGGUUGGCAUCACUCUUGCCUACUGAACAACGCAGGCACACUUUACUCUUGGGGCCUCAACUUUGACGGACAGCUAGGAAGUGGGGAUCGAAAGCAAAUUACGAUUCCGACUGAAGUCAAGAUGGCGACGGAUGCUCAGCCGGACAUUGUUAAAAAUAAUAACGCUAAAACGCCAGAAGCUGAUAAGAAGGACUUUAAAACCAGGGCUCUCGUGGCAUGUGGAGGAGACUUCACGGUUUAUAUAGACAACGAUGGAAGAAUAUACGCCACCGGCAAUAUUCAUCAACAGCUCAACAGUGAAAAGGACAAAGGUGGCAACCGCGUCAUAAUGAUGAAAACAACAAAACGUGUCAUUAAAAUACCAGCAAGUCGAAACAAUAAAUUCUUAUUCCAACCUGUUGACAGAAUUGAUAUUAUGUUUCCAUUCGACAUAGAAGCACAAAGAAAACCAAUCGAAGGCAGAUUAAAUCCAUUAACUUCAAUUCAAGAUUUCUCAAACAAAUCAUGGGCGGAUGAUAUUAUUCUCAUACUAAAACCGUGGCUAAACGAGGAAAACUUUAAAGGAAACUGUAACAUGGCUGCUAAGUUCGCAUAUCACAACAAAAUGUACUCCGAAUGCCUAAGAUUGUUGUUGAACAAUUUGAAAUACGAACUACAAGGCGAUCAAACAUACGUAACACACACUUCCAAAGAAGAAAAUCCAAGUUCUGAGGAAGGAGAUUCUUCGAAGAAAGAAGAACUAAACUUGAUAAUUAAAAACAUCAUGUCUAAACGCAUCAAAGAUGUGUCUAUGGCCAGUCUGAAUUCGGAACCAUAUCCGCCAGUGGAUCCAGCUACGUACAAAGCUUUGCCUUGCUGCUGUGAUGAAUUGAAGUAUUGUAAAACAGGAGAAUCUAUAAAAUCGACGAUCGAUGAAAUGGAAUGCGAUAUCUCCCUCAAAGCGGCUCAAAUAAUAGAUCAAUGUAUGAGCAUAUUCCCUGUAGACACAGAAUUAUGGGAAUUGUGCUUCCGUCUUUCAAAGAAUUUCUUCUUAGAAAAUAAUUUGUCUAUACCAAAACUGGAAAUAGUGUUGCGCAAAUAUAUGGAAACUGAUUCUGCGACGAUGGCGGCAGCUAUUAUGUACUCGAAUGAUUGCGCUCAGUAUAGCAAGAUACUUUCUCCGAAAUUUUACUUAAAUAUGUGUAGUAAUGUGUUAGAUACUUGGGGAUAAUUUCAGACAAACUCGGGAUCGUAUCGAUUAAUCGAUAUGCGACUUGAUUCGACUUGGCAGCUGCGUGUAAUUGAAAAAUAGCUAACUUGAUAGCAUCUCAUAAAAAAAAACAAUCUAAUAUGAAAUAAAAAUUAAUCAAUGUACUCAACUAUAUCUUCAUAGUGUCUAUGUAUAUCCAAUUUUUAUCAAUCCGUAUUCAAAUAGUAGUUACCUACCCUAUUUAAAUGGAAGUACUCUUAGUACAGAUUAUAGUUCCCAAUGUAUUUACAUUAUA